UCUCAUUUAUUAUUUUGGUACAGUAAACUGUUUGUUGUUAUUACUAAUAAGUAAAUCAGCAUAUUCUUGCAUGUCUAAAGAGUUUGAAGAGCAAACAGUAAGGGAGGUUAGCACUGAGGACGAGGAGGAACUCCAAGACGAAGACGACUCUCCGGAAGCUUUCCUUGACAUUGAAGAAGACGACAUUCUGUGCCAGGGUUAUAAUCCACGACCUACUGUACAGAGAAUGCCGGAAGCUGUUGUAUUUGGAACACGGAAAGGAGGAACUAGAGCUCUUCUAGAGUUCCUGAAUAUUCAUUCUAAAAUCAGGCGUGCAAAAUCAGAAAUUCACUUCUACGAUAAACAUUUUGAUAAAGGAAAGGACUGGUAUAUAUCCCAGAUGCCUCCGGUAGCUGAAGGUCAGAUUGCAAUGGAGAAAACCCCAGGGAAAAAUCAAUAAAUCAAAAAAUCAAAAAGUAUUUUACU